UUACAAAACCCAAAAUCUGAUUUUUCAAGUAAAUUAAUAGUCAUCAAAUAAACCAAAAGCUAGCUACUUCCAAGCUACACAAAGCUAUGAAAGUAUAUAUAACAUAAGAUAGAGUCCACAUUAAAAGAAAGCCUAGAAAUUUUUUUUUCCCUCUAAAAAAGGAACAAAAUGGCUUCCUGUUUCAUUACAUCUAUCUCCUCCCAAAUCACUCUCAUCACUAUCUUGAUCAUCACCCUACAUUCUUCCUCUUCCUCCAUUGCCAUAUCCAAGACAAACCCACUUCCCUUCAAGAAAAUCUAUGCCUUUGGAGACUCUUUCACUGACACAGGCAACACAAGGUCAGUUUCUGGUCCUAGUGGUUUUGGCCAUGUUUCAAACCCCCCAUACGGGAUCACGUUUUUUCAUCGCCCCACGAACCGAUACUCCGAUGGGCGGCUGGUGAUCGACUUUGUGGCGCAAUCACUGGCAUUGCCUUUCCUGCCACCUUACAAAACCGUCAAGGGAAAUUCUCCUCAUGGGGUCAACUUUGCCGUUGCAGGGUCAACAGCCAUAGAAUAUGACUUCUUCGUUAAGAACAAUCUUACCCUUGAUAUAACCCCUCAGUCUAUUCAGACUCAGCUUCUUUGGUUCAAUAAGUACUUGGAGAGUUUGGGGUGUAAAAAUCUUGAUUGGAGAUGUGAAGCUGCGGAAUUUGAUGAUUCUCUCUUCUGGGUUGGUGAGAUUGGAGUCAAUGAUUAUGCUUACACAGUUGGAUCUACAAUCUCACAAGAUACUAUUAGAGAGCUUGCAGUUGGACGUUUCACAGGUUUUUUAACGGCCUUGUUGAACAAAGGUGCAAAGUACGUUGUGGUCCAGGGCCUUCCAAUGACAGGCUGCUUACCGUUGGCCAUGACACUGGCUCCCGAAGACGACAGAGACGACAUAGGCUGCGUAAAAAGCGUUAACAACCAAAGUUACACUCACAAUCUAGCCAUCUUAAACAAGCUCAAAGACAUCAGAAGACAAUUCCCACACGCAGUUAUAACGUUCGCGGAUUAUUGGAGCGCGUAUCGCAGGGUCAUGCAAAAUCCGGGCCAGUUUGGCAUGACUGAGCGCUUCAAAGCCUGUUGUGGCUUGGGCGAUCCUUAUAACUUUGAAGUGUUUACCACAUGUGGAACUCCUUCAGUUAAAACUGCCUGUAAAAACCCAUCUCAGUAUAUAAAUUGGGACGGUGUUCAUCUCACGGAAGGCAUGUACAAGGUUGUCUCGGAUAUGUUUCUCAAGGGAAGGCUUAGUUACCCUCCUUUCAAUUACUUGUUGGACAAGAAACUUCGUCAGGGAUGAGACGUUUUUGCCACUAGAUCAGCUUAAUGAACUGCUAUUUCUUUGUUUUUUCGUUUUAGUUAGUUUACGACUAGAAAUUCCAAAAGAGUUGAGUGGUUACAAUAUUUGAAUUUUUGUUCAUUGUUGAGUUAAACAUCAUUACUGGUUUUCACAUUCUUGUCGAACAUGGCCAAUAAUAUUGUCUAAUUUUCUUGCCGCUAA